CAAGAGGAUGUGUGUAUACAGUCCAGAGCUUGAUCAGAGUGCACAAACAACACGCUCCUGGUGAAGACCAUGAAGCCCAAGUCUCUCUGUGUCCCCCGGCUUGGCCUCUUUGAGGACGACAGAUACAGGCGACAGGUCGAUACCGGCGCACCGGAGCAGAACCAGAGAGAGAAACCCAGAGAUCUGCACUUCACUUUACUGCCAGAGAGAUCUCCAUACGAGCCUUUAGUGGAAGACGACAGCCAACACAAACUAAAGGAGGAAAAGAAAGCAAAAAAGAAAGAAAAGUAUAAAAAAUACAGAAAGAACGUAGGAAAGGCUCUUCGCUACAGUUGGAAAUGUCUGAUGUUGGGUCUGCAGAACUUCACUGUGGGAUAUUCCACUCCUCUUUCUGCUGCUGCUUCAGUUGUCCCAGAUUUCCAUCCGGGAGGAGCCUGGGGUUGAGACAAUCUGUGACCAGCAUUUGUACUUUAUUUGUACCUUUAUGGACCAUUUAAUGCUGCAUGUCCAGAUGCUUAUUAAAAAUGGACAAUACAUCUGCCCUGGGCAGCUUUACCUGUCAUGCUGUAAAUUGUUCAAUUGUUGUAAAUAUCUUCUCUUUGAAUUUGUGUUAAAGUGGAGUUUUCAUCUUGCAUUAGUGAUUUACAGCUAUAAGAAAGGCAUGGAUCUCUUUUUACUCUCAGAUCUAUCUGUAUAUAUUUUGCUUUGAUUGAAAGAAUAUGAAUUUCUGUACUGAAGUAAUGAAAUAUUUUUGUAUUAUAGAACUAUAGGCUACUGAUAGUGUUGAUACUGUAAUUAUUUCAUGCAUAGCCUGCAAUUUUUCUCUUUCACUCUUCAGCAAGUUGCAAGUGAUAUGGUCACCUGAAUUCAUGCUGCAUAGAUGUAAUGAUGACAAAGGUGAAAGUGAUUUAGACUCUUUACUGGAAGUGAAAGUGAAAGUGACGUGACAUGUGGCCAAGUAUGGUUACCCAUACUAGGAAUUAGUGCUCUGCAUUUA